GAAGAAGCCUGGUCUAACGCAGCAAAAAUGGUUGAAGCAUACAGCGACGAAAUGAUCAAACGAUGGAAGGAAGAAAUAGAUACAUACCUCGUCUUCGCGGGUCUCUUCUCAGCCGUCCUCACCACUUUCAACGUUCAGUCGUACCUGCUUCUCCAGCCUGCAGCGCCAGAUCCAUCCAUCGCCAUCCUAUAUCAGAUAUCCUCCCAAUUUGCAAGCUUCUCUAUCAACUAUCCAUUCAUCAACUCUACCCAUCCGUCUAGCUCCGGAGGCCGCCCGAACCCAGACGCACCCCCCCCUGUCCCGCGUUGGGCCGUCUGGCUGAACACUUUAUGGUUCUCAGGCCUCAUCCUCAGUCUCUCCUCUGCAUCCGUCGGCAUCAUGGCAAAGCAGUGGCUGAAUGAGUACAACAGUGGCGUCUCCGGGACCUCUCGUCCGGUCGCACGAGUUCGCCUCCAUCGCCUGAACAACCUCCGAUCGUGGCGCGUGGAAGACGUCAUCAACACAAUUCCU